GAUUAAAUGACUGGACAGGAGGCUUGCACGUGCUGUUUCAUUUACAUAUACAGAACAUACACAAUUACACAUACUCAAAAGAGCACCGGAUGAAUUUCAAAGCUUCUCGGAGAAGCUUCCUCUGCAGAAGGACAAUCCAGCUGCAAUUGAUAUUAUAAUUCAGUAUAUUAACAAUUCAAAAUUCAAAAUUCAAAACUGCAUAUUAGCACCGUAUCUCCCGCUUCUCUUCUUCCAUGCUAAACUUUGUUCACAAAAUGUUUGAUGAUAUGUGCGGAAGAAAACCUCUUUCUCUCCAUAGUUUCUAUCGUGCUCUACCAAAAUGACAACUCUUGGUGACGGAGGAUAUGAUUGCGGCCGAAUUUUGUCCGGAAACUGUUUGAUGAUAUGUUCAAAAGAGCAAAAUCGAUGAAUAUAUAUCACUAUAUACUCAGGAUGGGUUCUUACCUCAGUUAUUAUGUCCAGGGGACCGUAUGCGUGCUUAAUAGAUCAAGAAGAAAAGUGUAGGUGGGUUGGCAAUCUCUGCGCUAAGUCCAUGGUGUGAUUAAUAGGGAUGUGCUUGCUUUAUACUUUGAUAAUCCAGUGUCUCUAUUCAAGCAGCCUAAGACAUGGAAAGGUGACUACUAUCAAUAUCGUGCUGAGUUCAAGACUGACCAGACAAAGAAAGAAUGCUCUAACAAAUCAUUGAAAGGCUAUGAAGCAUGCUGCUUCUGAAACUGCAAAUAAAGAACUCCAUUCAAUGCACCCAAUCCGUCUAGGGCUUGCUCGGAAUUUCCACGUCUUCUACUACGAGAUAAUGAAUUCCCCUGAGAGGGCUUGCCAAUUAGCUAAACAAGCUUUUGAUGAGGCAAUUGUAGAGCUCGAUACCUUGAGCGAAGAGUCCUACAAGGACAGCACCUUAAUUAUGCAGCUGUUAAGAGACAAUCUCAUUUUGUGGACCUCUGAUUUACCGGAGGAUGGAGGAGGGGCAUUGGGUGGCAUCUGCUGAAAACAAGUGAAGAAUUAAUUUCUCAUAUGAGUCUGUCGAGUGAAAUUUACUAGCAUUGCAGGAUGAUUGAUUCUGCUCCACUGACCAUGUAUACAAAAGAUAGUUUCAUUGUCAGAGAAGAUAGUUUUGGGUGAGACUGUGAGACAUUGUCCUGCAUUGGUGGAAAUCUGGCAGAAAAAAUAGGGUUAUUGAUUGGUGCACAGUGUCGAGAGAAAAUGGGUUUUGGGGAUAGUUAAGACAGAAAUGAGAUGAGGGGAGGGGAGGGGAGGUGCUGUGAGAUAGUGAGCAUGCAACAUCAAAGAUUUGAUUUGCCCUUCUUUGAAUAUUUUUUUUUCUUUUAUUUGAAGCUGUAUGUGAUAAUAUUCAAUUUAAGAACAAAAUGUUAAUAUGUUAUUAAUUCCAAUAAUUAAUAAUAUUCAUAUACCAUAAUGUCAUUUUUUUUUUGGA